AACAUACAGGAAGGAGACCGGUGGGUGUCCACGGAGGUCCUUGUCAAUGACUGGGAAAAAUCGAAUAUUUCUUGUAUAUCAGAUGAUAAGGAGGAAUUGCUGAAAUCCACCGUGACAGUGGCAGCCUAUGCGCUUCCAAGUAAAGUGACAAUUGACCUGGAAGAAGAGCUGGAGGAAGGACAACGACAUGAAGUCACCUGCACUGUGUUUGAUGUGGCACCUUUGGCCAAUCUCCAGAUUUCUGUGAUAAGAGGAGGGAAAGUGAUCCGCACACAAACAUUUGUAGAAGACACCAUGACAGGCAAGCAAACUCUAUCAGAGUCAUUUUACUUUGAAGCCAGUCGAAGGGACAACUUUCAAGACUUCUACUGUCAGGCCACCUUAGAGCUUGGGACAGUCGAGGAUAACAUGGUACAGUCUGAGAAAAUCAGUGUGAAAACAUUUGCAAGACCAGAGUUUCCAGCCAUUUCAAUAAAACCUGCUACGACUGUCAAAGAAGGUGAAUCUGUAACCCUGACUUGCCAUUCUGAAGGA